CGUUGAGUACCAAUAGAGGUGAGCGGGGGCCAAGAUGGCGCGGUGUUAGGUGGACACGUUGUUGAACGUCUCGUCAGGAAAUUUUGAAAUAGAACGAUUAUAGCCAUUAUAAUUUGACAGUUACUAUUUAUGAACGAGUAAGUGAUUGCCUUCUUCAUUUCAACCUCCUUGCGCCAAUUCAUCUAUGGGAAGAAAGAAAAAUAGACAAACUUCGAGCGUGACAGAACACGGGGCCAUGUCAACUACGGAGACUAUUCAAUUUGCUGAUGGGAGCGAUUGCACCGUUUCCUCUGUGGAUGUGAUUUCAUCGGAUAAUGCUGACGAACACAACUGGUUUGACUUGCGUUCAGAUUUAAGUGAUCUUGCUACUCCUAUGCCUGAUACUCCCUUAAAACCUCCAACAAAAAAAACAAAACGGGUAAGCAUGGAAAGUAGCGACUCUUCAGCAGAAAUUCUGGCGGCCAUUCGUGAGCUUUCUGGCAAAUAUGAAGAGAUGUUACAGAAAAUUUCUGCAAUUGACACAAGGACUGAAUCUACAGCUAAGCGGAUUGAGGCAAUGUCGUCAGUUGUGACUCAACUUGUUGCUGAAGUAGCAACGCACAAAGAAUCUCUGAAAGUUGCGGCAACGGAGAUUCGCGAGCUUCAAAAGAUGAAUAAAACCAUGAAGGAAGAGGUGGGUGAAUGUAAGCGUUACAGCUGGAGAUGGAUUUUAAAGUUACAUGGCGUGAGAGAAAAAAUUGGUGAGGAUGUCCGGCAAAUAGCAAUCGAUGUCCUUAGUAAUGUAGUUCCUGGGAUCAGCGAUAACCUUGAGGAGGCCGUCGACAUUGCACAUCGUCUUGGUCAGAGGAGAAAUGAUGGUUCCCACAGAUCAAUAAUUAUACUGUUUGCUCUGCGUCGUAUUCGUGACACCGUUUGGCAUUCUGCUAGAGGCUGCAAAUUUCUUUUCGACAAUAAGUUGCGAAUCACGGAAGCCCUUUCACCAGAAGACAGGGCCGCCAGAGAAAAACUUUGGCCGCUUGUUAAAAAAGCCAGGGAUGAAGGAAAGAAAGCCUCCUUUCGCGGUGCAUUUGCCUUAAUCGACGGGAAAAGAUUCAACCUAUCUGAUGUAAAAUAGACCGGUUUGGUUCUGCAGUGCGGAUUUGAUCUUUUUCCUCGUUGAAGGGGAACUAAGACUGGUUUCUUUCAUGCCAAUGCAUUUUGGAAAGUCAUGUUUUGUUAUUUCUCCGGUUGAACCGCAAACUCUGCUGUUGAAAAUGAGUCUCCGGAAACAGACACCAAGCGAUUUCUUGAAGCAGAUCAUUGGAAGACCAGUGGUGGUGAAACUCAACUCUGGAGUGGAUUAUAGAGGAGUUCUUGCCUGCCUGGAUGGCUACAUGAACAUUGCUGUGGAACAGACGGAGGAAUACGUCAAUGGCCAGCUCAAGAACAAAUAUGGUGAUGCAUUUCUCAGAGGAAACAAUGUGUUAUACAUCAGUACCCAGAAGAGGAAGAUGUGAAGCCAUUUCACUCAUUUCUUUAUUCAUUAUUUGAAAAGUGAAUUUAUUUACCAUUGCUGUUCAGAAUCUUUUAUUAUUUGAUGAUAAUAUCUAAGUUUGUUUCAUGUAUUGUAACACAAAAUAUGGUGUCCUGCACAG